CCGAGCGGGAAACAAAGAGCGAACAGCGAGUCGGAAACACCGAGAGCGGACGGCGUGCGGGAAGCAUCAGGAGCAAACGGUGAGCGGGAGGCAUCAGAAGAGGACGGCGAGCAGAAGACGUCCGGCGUCCCCGUACUCCACAAAGCGCCCAGCGAUGAACGUCACUGGCGCCACUAGUAACGUCUCUGCAAGGCUCUCUAUCUCAUCGAGCAUCAUCGGGUUACUGGCCGCCUACCUCAACAUCAGUGGCGCGCUGGUCAACGCCUCUAGCGCGCCACGCACUUCAUCGAACCUCUCAGACUUUGCCAGCUCCACCGCAACGCACCACAACCUCACUGGCGUCUCAUCUGGCGCCGCCUUAUCCAGUUCACCAUUCAUCCGUAUCAAUAGCUCUGUUUCCGCCGUCAACCACUAUAACGUUACAAGCGCGCUCCCUCACCACUCAAACAUAUCCAGCAAUCUGGUCGCCAACCACUCCAGUUACCCUGGAAAUCCAACCGAUCUGUUCAACAUCAUCACGAAUAUCACGAGCACACCACAUAGCCACAACAUCCCCAAGAAUGCAACUAACAGCUCCACCGUCUCCAGCUCUUUACUUAAUUACUACAACAUUUCUGACAUCGUAUCUGGCAAUAUUAGCACGUCAAAGACACCAGCACGUCACUCCAGUGUGUCAGGCAAUUUAACCGGUAAAGAAGGCAAGUCAACUGAGACCUCUAACAUCGUCAAUAUUGCAUCCCAGCCCUCUCACACCCCUGGUAUUUCCAACAACUUCUCCAACAUAACCAACUCAUCUACUGACACGUCUCAAAACAUCACCGAUAAGCCCCCAAAGAGCAAUGAAGCCAAUCCCGACACAGGCGAUAAGGCUCGUCUGGUCUUCACGUCAUCCAUCAUCGCAGCCAUCUGGGCGAGCUCGCUGCCUCCCGCGGCCGCCAUCUGGCGCAACUGCCAUCUCCACCGCGCCUCCUACUUCUACGUCAUGGCGCUCUGCCUGCUGGACUGCUUCCUGGGCUGCAGCAUCGGCGCCAUGGUGGUCACCAUCGUCAUCUACCAGGGCAUCUCGGACGCGCCGUGUCUCGUGUUCGAGGCGCUGGUGAACGGCACGAUGCACACCAUCAGCGCGCUGAUGCUGGCGCUGAGCCGCGACCGGUUCCGCUCUGUGCGCGACCCGAUCGGCUACCGGGCCGCCGUGCGCCGCUCCGUGGUCUGGCGACACCUGGCGCUAGCCGUGCUGUAUGGCCUGACGCUGGGCGGCGGAGCGUUCGUGGCGAGUCGGCGCUACCUGGGCAGCGGGCUGCAGCUCUAUACUCCGCUCUGCGACACGUUCGACUGGCUGCUGGACCCGCUCAACCGGCCCGUCGCCCUCGUCAGCGUCAGCGGCAACAUCGUGGUCGACUUCGGCACCAUCGUCUACAACGCCAGGAUCAUGCGCUGCGCAUGGAAGGUGACUAAAUCUGUCUGUAUUGGUUACAAAGUCAGGUGGCAUGGAUUAAGUUCAAUUGGGUCACAACUCACAAAGUUGGCGAGACGGCCGAGCGCCACCGUGACAUCACCAUUUGCCUCCCAACCAGUGACGAAUGCGGCACAGCAUAGCCGCCAGGAUCCCUGGCCCUACUGUGUCGUGUACUCGUGUGUGAUCCGGGUCGUGGCCGGUCUCACUGGCCUAUUGUCGACUCGCAGCGCUGCACAAUUUAUGUCCCAUUGAGCUGCUAAUUUCAUCUAUUUACCGUUUAAUUCAUGUGCUGUUUAUAAUACAUCGUACCCUUCUUCCAGGCCAAAAACGAGAUUGUUGGAAUGGCUGGCGCACAACGAAACCUGACAGAAGAGGCCCAGCGGAGACGGAACAUGAAGAUAGUCGUAUUCACCUUCAAGCUGGCGUGUCUGUUCGUGGGCUGCUCGCUGCCGUACAAAGUGGCUAUCCUGCUGUACGGCCUGGGUCUGAGUGUGCCGCGGCUCGUGUUCGAUCUGCUGGGACUGAUUCGGAUCCUGUACCAUGUCGUCGACGGCUGGAUCGUGUGCACAAACUCGGAACUGCUCGAGGCCAUGAAACUCAUGCUGUGUCCGUGUGGUAAUGGCGAGUAGUGUGCACGACAAGCUGUGAUCACAGCUAUAGAAUUGGGCUGUAAAAAACUGUAAAAAGUGUAGAUGUAAAGUUAAAACGAAUAUUAUUUAUCAAGCAACCAUAAUUCGAUGUACAUUUUUUUUCGGCUACUAACUAGUCGUUGACUAGUAGCCGAAAAAACGUACAUCGAAUUACAAUGUCUAGUCGUAAAAGCUUGAAAUCAUACAAGCAACCAUAGUUGAACUUUUUGGUUGAUAUAUUUACGAAUAUAAGGUGCCGACUAAGCAUGAGCCAGGAAGUUUUUUUUUUUGCGAGUGGCGUGAAUGCAUGUGACAGAGGCGCCCAAAAAUAGCUGAGAAGCUUUUGCGCAGGUUUCAGCCGCGUAGCGUAACAUCUAUGAAGAAAAAUACUAAAAUCCACGGUGACCCAAAAUCCAGCAAACAAGCAACUAACGCCCUACACCAUCUUAUCACCCCCCCCCCCCCGAGCCAGGCCAGCCUGAAAUCAGGGUCGUUUCCGGUUUCGGUGCGGUCCAGCAUCAUGGCGUCCGGCGAGUCGGUCAUCGGUCAGCUUACGGAGCUUGGUAGAAGGGACCCGAAAAUUCGCGCAGCACAGGACGAUUCCUCGACACCUUUGCGGGGGCAUGGCGUGAUUUGACCGGGUCCCGCACAACAUUUAUCGGUAAAUGGCGUCCAUGGCCUUGAUAGUAUGAAUAGCGAGCGAGAUGUAGCGGAAUUUCACGCUGUACCUGAAGGCGCGGAUCGGCUCGCUGCAGGCUGAAGGCAGGCGCAUGGUACGGUGCAGCAGCCAUCAGCUGAAACUCACUCCCGUAGCCGAGCUCGUCGUAAGUAACUGCAGGUGCCACCUUCUCCUCGAAGCCGUUUCUGAGUUGAAUUGAAUUGCGUGGAUGUUCUCGCUGAAGUGGCGAGGCCGUUGUCAGUGUGCCUAGACACAGGAGACUGAGAGCCAGCGGGACACGCAUC